AUGAUCGAUACAACACCUAUACCUAAAUUCCUUUAAUAAGAAUUUGAAUGCUCUUUGUGCUUAACUUUCUUAACUAAUCCAAUAACCAUUCCUUGUGGACAUACAUUUUGUAAGGAAUGCAUCUUAAACGCAGUCAAAUAGAUUCCACGUUGCCCAACAUGCAGGUUUUAAAUUUCUUAAUUUUAGAGGUACAAUCACAAUAGAGAUUAAGAAUUUGAAAGAGAAUUUACUUAUUAAGUCUACAGUCAAUGAAUUGAAAAAGCAUCUGAGUAUCGCUGAUAAUCCUUAGAAAUAGCAAUUGGAAAAUAAAGAGGAAAAUAAUUAAUAAUCUGAAAAAUUAAUCAUUCUGUAUACAAAAGAAGUUAUUACACCUUAUCAAUAUCAAAGAAUUGUGUUGGAAAAGGGACAAUUCAAAAGUUUCCCAAAAAAUUAAGAAUUAAUUAAAUAGAUAUUUAGUAACAUUAAAAAAUUUGUUAUAACAUUCUAAUCUAAGCAAAAUUAAGAUGUAAGUAUUCAUUAAUACCUAGAUUGGAUACUUGGCACAAUUGUAGCUGGUAUAAAUUAUUGAUGGAUAAAUAACUGCAUAAAUAUUGACAGAGGAUAUUGUUGAACUAUCAAACAAAGAAUCAACAGAGUUUUAAUUGAAUAAUGAUGGGUAAACUAAAUAUUUUCUUCCAAUUGCUACUGCCAAAAUAUUACAAGAGGACUAUAUAGAUUUAAAUGACAACGAUACUGCUUAUUAAAUAUCAACCUUAAUUUAGCAAAUUAAAGAUAUUUUAAUUCCAUUCAUUUCAUAAUUAGUUAAUGGCUAAAGCGGAUUAUCAUUAUAUUUACAUCAAAGUGGAUUAGUAAUGUAUUUAAAUCUUUAAAUUGAAAAAGAUUGGAAAUCAUUAAAAAGGCUAUCAUUUUUACUACCUAGUCUAUUAAAUAUUGAUAGAGCUUAAAAAAACAAUAUUCUGUCUUAAAAUAAUUGUAUCUAGAGAUUAAUUUUGAUCAACAAAAGCAUUCAAAAAUUUAGAAAGACUUAAAACCCUAUGCUUGUAUUUACAAUGAAUAAAAGAUCCAUUGCAAGAAGCCCUUUGGUAUAGAUUUUGUGGAUAUUAAUUCCAAUAUUGCUUGCAUACUUAUUAUUAUAGUAGUGAUAUAG